AUGGCUGAAAGUAUCUCAGUGGCUCAGCAUCAGUUUGCAAUCAACUGUCCAAUCUGCCUGGACCAACUGAAGAAUCCAGUGACUGCAGCUCGUGGCCACAGUUUGUGUCUGGACUUUAGUGGAGGCUGCUGGGAUCAGGAGGUUCAGAAAGGAGUCUACAGCUGCCCUCAGUGUAGACAAACCUUCACUCCAAGACCUGACCUGAAGAACAAUGUGAUGACUGCUGUGAUGGAGAAGCUGAAGAUGACAGAAUAUGCCACAUCUCUGGAGUGUGAUUCCUGCACUGGGAGAAAAUACAAAGCCAUCAAGUCCUGUCUGGUGUGUCUGGCCUCUUUCUGUGAAACUCACCUCCAGCCUCACUAUGAAUCUCCUGCCUUUAAGAAGCACAAGCUGGUCGAAGCCUCCAGACGACUCCAGGAGCAGAUCUGCUCUCAGCAUGACAAACUGCUGGAGGUUUACUGUCGCACUGACCAGCAGUGUAUCUGCCCUUUGUGUAUGUUAGACAAACAUAAAGGACAUGAUACAGUAUCAGCUGCAGCAGAAAGAGCUGAGAAACAGAGGCAGUUGACAGGGAUGCACAAACAAUCCCAGCAGAGAAUCCAGGACAUGGAGAAUAAGCUGCAGGAGCUGAGGAAGGCUGUGAGAUCUCACCAGUGCUCUGCGCAGGCAGCAGUGGAGAAAACUGAGAUGAUCUUUGCUGAUCUGAUCAGAACCAUUGUAAAAAGACAUAAUGAACUGACAGAGCUGAUCAGAGCUCAGGAGAAAGCUGCAGUGAGUCGAGGUGAAGAAGUCAUGAAGCAACUGGAGCAGGAGAUUGCAGAGCUGAGGAGAAGAAAUGCUGAGCUGGAGAGGCUUUCACACACAGAAGAUCCCAUCCAUUUCCUCCAGAUUUUUCAGUCUGCCUCGGCGUCUCCUGUACCUGCAAACAUCCCCAGCAUCAUAUUCAGUUCUUUCCACCCUUUCAACAGUGUAAUAAAGUCUGUGUCUCAGCUGAGAGACAAACUCGAAGAAUCUUGUAAAGAGGGCUUUGAGGAGAUAUCAAGUAAAGUAACAGAAGUCCAGAUUAUUCUUCCAGAUGACCAUAAAACCCGAGAAGAGUUUCUAAAAUAUUCCUGUCAGUUCACACUGGAUCCCAACACAGUAAAUAAACACCUCUGUCUGUCUGAGAGGAACACAGUGGUGACCUGCAGUGAAACGGCUCAGCCGUAUCCCGAUCAUGCCGAGAGAUUUGACAGCUGCUGGCAGGUGAUGUGUAGAGAGGGUGUGUGGGGACGCUGUUACUGGGAGGUUGAGUGGAGCGGACAUGAUGGGGUUUCUAUAGCAAUGUCAUAUAAAAGCAUCAGCAGGAAAGGAAACUUUGCUGAAUGUGUUUUUGGAUCCAGUGAUCAGUCCUGGAGAUUGCUGUGCACUCCGUCCUACUACUCGUUCUAUCACAGUUGUAAAGAAAUUAAAAUCCCAGUAAUACCGAGCUCCUCUAGGAUAGGAGUGUAUGUGGAUCACAGGGCAGGAACUCUAUCCUUCUACAGCGUCUCUGACACGAUGAAGCUCCUCCACAGAGUUCACACCACAUUCACUCAUCCUCUUUAUCCCGGGUUUUGGUUGUAUACAUCCUGGGGUUCUACUGCUCCUUUUAUAGGAGACCGGCAGUGUGAGGAGGCGUCUCUGCAUCUCCACAUCGCUCGUGUAGCUUCAUUGGUAUUCCGGUGUCUCACUCGCCCCUCAGCAUCUUCCAGACGAUCCCAAUUCCUCAGCAUUAAGCCCUUCACACACGAGCCCUCGCCGCCUCGUACGUGGAGUAAUCCGUGUCGUCCUUCAGGCUCUCAGCUCUACACACACUGCAGUUCCACUGUUGUUAGUGAAAUUGAUGGUGUUCCUUUGCACCACUGCGAGGGAUUGAAGGACACCUUCAUCACAGGCCGAGCUGGAGAGCUCUGUCAAGUGUUGUGCCUACAGGAAGGUUUUGUGAUGCUGCGUGAGUCAGAGCUCGGCUUCCUCUACGUGACAAGGUGUGAGCCACUAGACCUGAACUAA